AUGGCGCAGGAGCCCGAGAAGGUCGCCGCGGAGCAGGGCGCAAAUGCUGCCGGAGAGAGCGGGGACAAGAAGGACGAGCACGCCGCGCGCAUCCAGGUCUCCCUGGGCAAGAAGCCGCUGUUCUUUUACGUGAAUUUGGCCAAGAAGCUGAUGCAGCAGCACGGGGAGGUGCAGCUGUCGGCGCUGGGGUUCGCGAUGUCGAACAUGGUGUCGGUGGCGGAGAUUCUGAAGAAGGAGAAGCUGGCCGUGGAGAAGCGGCUGACCACGAGCAUCGACACGCUGAGCGACCAGGGCCGCCCACGCCCCGUGCGCAAGCCCAAGAUGGAGAUCGUGCUGGUGAAGAGCGACACCUUCGACGAGAUCAUGGCCGCGGAGAAGGCCGCCGCGGACAAGGCGGCAGCCGAGGAGGCCGCCAAGGAGGGGGCGGACAAGAAGGCCGCCGAUGGGGCCGCCAAGGCCGAGAGCUGA